AAUAACACAGUAAUUUAUUUAUGCACUAUUCUAACUGGGCUAGUAGAAUUUACAAAUGCUUUCGCUAGCCUUGAUAUUUAUAUUUUUGUGAGUAGUGUCGUCAUAAACCUCUGCCACUUUUCAAUCUUGACUAGAAAAUCUAUGAGAUCGACAUCUAUAAAUUUGGUUAUGGCGUCUGUGGCCGUCGCAGACAUCCUUUCCCAGAUUUACGGAAUUUAUCGUAACGUUGAAGUCUAUUUAGAAUCCCAGUGUUAUGAUUUUUGGUACUAUUUGGUGUUCUAUGAAAAUAAACUCUUCUGGCUACAAACUACAGUAAGAAGGUAUUCCACGUUUUUGGGAUUCAGCAUCUCUCUUAUCCGAACUCUAGUGAUACGGUACCCCAUGAGCUCGAAUCUCGAGAAAUUGCCUCAACCUAAAACCUCAUUGUAUUUUAUCACUGCAGUGAUUUUUAUUACCCUACCUUCCACUGUGCUUGGAUUUUUUGAAUAUUCUGAAAUGUAUAAUGGAGAAAUGGAAUGUGAAAAUGAACAAGGAGGAAAGUAUAACUCUUAUUUUUCUACAUACUCAGAUUUCUUAAAAACAAUCACUUUUGUUUUUUGUCAGAUCAUUCCUUGCCUCUUAUAUCCCUUUUCAACUUUUCUACUAGUUUUGGAACUUCGAAAAGCCACGGAGUCCCGUAAAAGGCUAUCAUCAGGCCAGAAAAAUCUUGAUUCGAAUCGAACUACGAAACUAAUACUGUACCUCACUCUAACAUUUUUCGUUGCCGAAUUCCCCCUUGGUAUAAUAUUCCUUGUGGAUUCUUCUCUCACUUUUCAGGAGGAUUUUUACUUCCUCUCGAAUGUCCUCUUGUUUUCUUUUUAUAAUUUUUUCUCCGUAUUAUUAUCUCUAAACACAUGUUUCCAUAUGUUUAUUUGUUUGGUAAUGUCCACUCAAUAUCGAGAAGCUGUGAAAGGAAUCGUUUUUUGU